CUGCUCGGCCUCGACUCCUCUCGGCCCCUGGCAGCCCCGCCACCCACCGCCUGUAGCUCGCCGCUGGCCCUCGGCGCCCUCCCCAGGCCGCGUAGCCGCCAUGGGCCCGCGUCCACCGCGCCGCCCAGCCAAGGGCAGUUGAGGCGCGGAGCGAAGAUGGGCGAGGGCGGAGCAGGGCCCGAGAGCCAGCCGGAGCAGUCCGGGCGUCCCGCGCGCGCCCGCCCGCGCCGCCGCGGGGAUGCCCGCGCCCGCCGUCGCGCUCUGAGCGCCUUUGUCUGCCGCCCGCACUGCCCGCCGCACCACUAGCCUCGCGGGCCCGCGCCGGGCCGCGGGAGCGCCCGUGAACAUGGAGUCGGGCCGGCCGGCCUUACCCCGGGGCCCCGAGCCCCGCGGGCAUUGCAGCCGCACGGAGCCGCCGGAGCCGCGGGCCGGCGGGCCGGAUGGGCUGGAGGCCGCCGAACAAACACCAGGCCCCUCAGAGUUGCAUCUUGGAGCGCCCGCCGCGGGCGCGGAGCCUCCGGAGUGUGACGACCUGGUGCCCGAAUCCGGCGCGGAUUCCAAGGCGCGCCGGUGCGCGGAGCCGGCCCCGGGACUGGAGGAGCGGCCGCAGGACUCCGGGCCUCCCGCCCCGCCGCCCUGCACCAGUCCCGGCCCACGGGGGCUGGACGCGGACUCCGACUUGCCCAGCCCUGGGGCUUCUGGCCUCUUGCCUAACCAGGGCGUCUGCCCAAACGCCGACCCCCUCCCGGUAUUGCAGCUUCCAGAACUCGACCCAUUUUUCUCCUGGACUGAAGAGCCCGAGGAUUAUGCCCCCGCGAGUCGCCAGGAGAGCCUGUCUUUCCGCGUGCAGGUUUCCAGUCACUGCUACCAAGUGAGGGGCGAGGUCGACUUCUUCCCGUCCUUCCAGUCGCCCUCGGUGGGCGAGCCGGCGCUGGAAUUGGGCCCGGGGCACCCGUGCCAGCCCUCGGACUUCAGCCAGACUCACCCGCUCCCGAGCGAACCCGCGGGGGGUCAGGAGGACGGCUCCCGGCUUCGAGCCGUGUUCGACGCCCUGGACGGGGACGGAGACGGCUUCGUUCGCAUCGAGGACUUCGUCCAGUUUGCCACAGUCUACGGGGCAGAGCAGGUAAAGGACUUAACUAAGUACUUGGAUCCCAGUGGGCUUGGCGUGAUCAGUUUCGAAGACUUCUACCAAGGGAUUGCAGCCAUCAGAAAUGGAGGUCCUGAUGGCCAGCCAUACAGCAGCAUCGCACCUGACCAGGACGAGGAGCCUCUGGCCUGUCCAGAUGAGUUUGACGACUUUGUCACCUAUGAGGCCAAUGAGGUGACAGACAGUGCAUACAUGGGCUCUGAGAGCACCUACAGCGAGUGUGAGACCUUCACCGACGAGGACACAAGCACCCUGGUGCACCCUGAGCUGCAACCCGAAGGGGACGCAGACAGCGCAGGUGGCUCGGCUGUACCCUCUGAGUGCCUGGAUGUCAUGGAGGAGCCUGACCAUGGUGCUGUGCUACUGCUCCCUGGCAGGUCCAACCCACGUGGCCAGUCUGUUGUUACAGUAAUUGGUGGGGAGGAGCAUUUUGAGGACUACGGUGAGGGCAGCGAAACGGAACUAUCUGCAGAGACCCCGUGCAGUGGACAGCUCAGCUGCAGCAGCUCUGCUUUCCUUACCCCCAGCACCGACCCGCUGGCUGCAAAGCUGCAUAGUAUCCUCACUGAUGAGGUUUUCGAGUUUUACUGUAGCCAAUGCCACAAACAAAUCAACCGCCUUGAGGAUCUCUCUGCUCGCCUGAAUGAUCUUGAAAUGAAUAGUCCAGCAAAGCGGCUCUCCAGCAAGAAGGUGGCAAGGUACCUGCACCAGUCAGGGGCUCUCACCAUGGAGGCCUUGGAGGACCCUCCCACUGAGCUAGUGGAGUGCCCCGAGGAGGACAUUGCUGACAAGGUCGUCUUCCUGGAAAGGCGAGUGUUGGAACUGGAGAAGGACACCGCGGCCACUGGUGAGCAGCACAGCCGGCUGAGGCAGGAGAACCUGCAACUGGUGCACAGAGCUAAUGCCCUGGAGGAGCAACUGAAGGAGCAAGAGCUGAGGGCCUGCGAGGUGGUCCUGGAAGAGACCCGGAGGCAAAAGGAACUCUUGUGCAAGAUGGAGAGAGAGAAGAGCAUAGAGAUUGAGAACCUGCAGGUCAGGCUGCAGCAACUAGAUGAGGAGAACAGUGAGCUGCGGUCUUGUACGCCCUGCCUGAAGGCCAACAUCGAGCGCCUAGAGGAGGAGAAGCAGAAGUUGCUAGAUGAGAUUGAAGAGUUGACACUUCGGCUUAGUGAGGAGCAGGCAAAUAAGAGGAAGAUGGGGGACAGACUAAGUCAGGAGAGGCACCAGUUCCAGAGGGACAAGGAGGCAACCCAGGAGCUGAUUGAGGACCUUCGCAAGCAGCUGGAGCACCUGCAACUCUUCAAGCUGGAGGCUGAGCAGCGGCGGGGCCGCAGCAGCAGCAUGGGCCUGCAAGAGUACCACAGCCGCGCCAGGGAGAGCGAGCUGGAGCAGGAGGUCCGCAGGCUGAAGCAGGACAACCGUAGUCUAAAGGAGCAAAACGAGGAACUGAAUGGGCAGAUCAUAACCCUCAGCAUCCAAGGUGCCAAGAGCCUCUUCUCUACCGCCUUCUCGGAGUCCCUGGCUGCGGAGAUCAGCUCAGUUUCCCGGGAUGAGCUCAUGGAAGCAAUUCAGAAGCAGGAAGAGAUCAACUUCCGUCUACAGGACUACAUCGACAGGAUCAUCGUGGCCAUAAUGGAGACCAACCCAUCUAUCCUAGAGGUCAAGUAGAGGGAAGACCCAGCCCAGGCUGGAUUUAGGACUCUGCCAGCACCCUGGGUAGCCUGUCACACCAUGAGGAACUGGGAUCAGCAGUUCCCAUGGCCAACUGAGAGCUUCCAGGGAGCCUUCGUGCAGCUGGGAUGGGGCCAGUAAAGACUUGGGCAGGGGCAGAGGGUCAUGGAGAAGGGAGAGAGAAAGGGAAGUCCCAGGACUGGGGCCUACUGCCCGUGAGGAGUGGCUAGGCCUCCUGGAGGCUAGAGCCUCCCAGCCCCAAGUCUGCCCAGUAUGGAUGUCUACACUUCUGUUCAGCAAUGAUGGGCUCAAGAGCCUCUCUGCAGAGAUGAUGGGUAGUUUCUUAGGCUGGCACAAGCCCCUCUGUGGUCUCCUCAUAGCAUACCCCUGUCAAAAAGGUCCCCCUGGGGGUGCUGCUUGCCCACACAUGUACCCCAAUGCAGUGCUGCCCAAGCCUUGCCAUUCCUAUGUGGCAUACAGGCCCCUGGUCCCUCACAUUGAAUGUAGUGAUGUGGGAAGGAUGGGCAGGCAUGGUUGGCUUGUGGUCCCUGCUCAGCUCUCCCUGAACUGCUCAGGCCAUCACCCUGCCUAAUUUGGCCACUUCAGCCCAGCUUUGGGCCCAGGGUCCUUCAGGCUAUGCGGCUAUUCCCACAGCCCAACCCUCACUGCAGUACCCUUCGGGGCUCUAGCCCUCCUCUUGGGGCUGGGCAGGAGCCCAGUAGGACUGUCCACUCUGAGAUGAGGAUGUGAGAUUCUGACUGUGUAGAACUCUUUCCCUGGACGAAGUGGAGGCCAUCAGCUGCCUGCCCCCCAGGUGCAGGUGCUGCUUCUCAGCCAGUGUGGCCUACCCUAGGCUCCUGGAGUCCACACCCUCUCCACACAUUGUCACUGCCCUGGGUAAAGUCUGCAUUUCCUGGGCCAGAACCCAACGUCUGGAACCCUGUUUUCUUCUGGAAGUCACUGUUUUUCCCAAGUGUGCAAUGCUGCAGGAGGAUGGGGCAGGGAAAUAUCUCCAAGGACAUCAGGGGCAGAGGGAGGCCAUCCUGCCCUGCAUCUGCCGCUUCCUGGUGCAGUAGUGUCAUCCCACAGUGGCUACUGGGCCUGCCUCGCCUUCUGGGUGUUGCUGGGUGGGUUGAGGCACCACCGUGACGUGUGCACACGUGUGCUGACCUGCUUCCUUCCGCCCUCCCUGCAACCUAGCUUCUACACUAAGAUUUAAGAUGUUGCCUCGUAUUGUACAUUUCGGGGAAAGCCUUGGGUGUAAAUCAGUGUAAACUUGGAGGAGAGAUUUUUCUAUCUUGUAGAGUAGGUAUUUUUUAUAGAUUGAAGGUUGAUCAAUUUUUUAAUACUUUCAAGAGAGAAAACUAUCUGUAUACACAUGAAAUAUAUAUAUGUAUAAUAUAUAAAUAU